GAAGCUAGUGAAAGAUAUGGAAGCAACCAUUUCACAAGUUAACUCUUAUACAAGUCGAAAUAACAUAGAAAGCCAAGUUGGUUUCGUUUCGGAGCCAAACGACAUAGUAGAAUAUGCUUUAGCCUUGUUGGACCACAACGGAGUUUCUUUAACUGACCCAAGAGUUUCAAAACUGUUAGGGUUGGCCAACCAGUUAGACGACAGUGGGUUACAUGAAAACUUGACUAGUUUGGAGACUGGAGAAGACAUGAGCGGCGUAUAUAACGUAGACUCUUGUUCGGAACCACUGUUGUCAAGCUCGCAGACGACCACUACUGACCCGGAGCGUAUGGAUGGACGACAACUGCAGAAGUUGCGUGCACAAAUACAGACUUAUAGACUAUUGCGCCAAAACAAACCAAUUUCAACCUCGCUUCUUUUAUUGUCUGCUGGUGAGUUUGAGAAACGAAACUAUGAGCAAGCGGAGAACCAACUCUCUCAAGAGACGGAAUCAGCGGACGGCAUUUCUGCAGUUUCGCGUUCGAAAGCCGUACUUUCCAGUGCAAGUACAGCAGCCAAACUAUUUUCAAAUCAUGAAGAUUCAAGUACUAGUUGGGAGGGAGAAUAUGAAGAACAUACGAGCUACUCGAAUUUAAUGGAAAAACGCGAAAGGCUUCUGGAGAAUAGAAUAGAACGUAGGCUGAAGUUACUUAAACUUUUGCCAACUGACCUACCCCCACAUGUUCGUAUCAGGGCAACAAUAGAAGAAAAAGAGUUAAAACUGCACAAGUUACAGGAAAAUGUCAGAAAACAGGUUCGAAAAGAAAUGGAAAGAUUACUUUCAGGUCCUUUCAACAGUUCGGUAUUAAGCACAUUACGAAGAGAAGCGCAAAGAGGAGAUCAUUAUAAUAUGGUGAGUAAUGUAGCAGCAGGGACAUAUAUGAACGGCUUGCCAAGUAACAUGAGACGAUCUGUUUCUCGUGUUGAAAGACGUCACAAACAGGAACUGGAAGAAAGGAGGAGAGCGAGACAUCGACAAUAUUUGUCAUCUUUGAUGGAACAUGUUCGAAACUUUCGUGACUUUCAUAAUAUUGUUUCCAAUAUUCAACAUCGAAUGGUACGUGAAGUAGAAAAAUACCAUAAAGAAAGGGCAAGAGAAGAAGAGAGAAGACAGAAGAAAGCACAACAGGAAAGAUUGAAAGCUUUGAAGGAGAAUGAUGAGGAAGCUUACUUCAAGUUACUUCAGAAUACCAAGAACACACGUUUGAUGCAAUUAUUGAGACAAACGGAUAUUUAUUUGUCACAAAUUGGUGCGCAGGUUCGUCGUCAAAAAGAACUUGCAGAGUCGGAAGAACCCUUAAAGGCUCGAGUGAAAGAACGGAAACACGAUUCGGCCCAAGCAGCUGCAGCUCAGGCUCUUGAAGAGGCGGAGAAUACUUUGAGAGAAGGUGGCUCUGCAGCAGAUACUUUAGAGGAUAUGAGAAGAAGACGAGAUGAAUAUUAUACCAUUACACAUUCGAUUACAGAAGAAAUAACUGAGCAACCGAAUACCUUAGUUGGUGGUACACUCAAACCUUAUCAACUUGAAGGAUUGCAGUGGCUUAUUUCAUUGUUUAAUAAUAACCUGAAUGGUAUUCUUGCAGAUGAAAUGGGUCUGGGAAAGACUAUUCAAACAAUUGCUUGUUUGUGUUAUUUGAUGGAGAAGAAGAACAUCAACGGUCCAUUCUUAAUUGUUGUACCUUUGUCAACGAUGAGUAACUGGAUUCGAGAAUUUGAUCAGUGGGCACCUCAUAUCGUUAAAGUUAUCUAUAGAGGUGACCCGACCACUCGAAGACAAAUACAACAGCACGAAAUGGUGGCGGGUACCUUCAAUGUUCUGUUAACUACAUAUGAAUAUGUCAUUCGAGAUAAGAGUGCAUUGAGCAGAGUCAAGUGGCGUUAUAUAAUCAUAGAUGAAGGUCAUCGAAUGAAGAAUGCACAUUGUAAACUUGCGAUGACAUUAGGCGUAAAGUAUCAUUCGAGAAAUCGUCUUUUGUUGACAGGGACUCCUCUCCAGAAUAACUUGCAUGAAUUGUGGGCGCUUCUGAAUUUUCUGCUUCCUAAUAUAUUUUCGUCUUCAGACAAUUUUGAAGCAUGGUUCAAUGCCCCGUUUCAGUCAAGUGCCUUGGGAGAAACUGCAGAACUGGAUGAAGAAGAAACGAUGUUAAUCAUCAAUCGAUUGCACCAAGUUCUAAGACCAUUUUUACUGAGAAGAAUGAAGAGUGAUGUGGAAUCUCAACUGCCGGAGAAGACAGAGCAUGUGAUCAAUUGUGAACUUUCAGCUUGGCAGAAAGUCCUGUAUCGCCAGAUCUCUUCAAAGGGUGGGAUCGCAAUUCGAGAAGGCUCCGCAGCUGCCACUUUCAACAACCUGAUUAUGCAGAUGAGAAAAGUUUGCAACCAUCCUUUUUUGUUUUACUACGACGAAGAUAUUGAUCAACUUCCUCGAGAAUAUGUCAUUCGUGCCAGUGGCAAAUUUCUGUUCUUAAGUAGGGUUUUACCCAAAUUGAGAGCUUCUGGACAUCGGGUGCUCAUAUUCACUCAAAUGCGUAAAGUUCUGGACUUUCUUCAAUCUCUACUGGAGUUUCUUGGUAUCAAGUUUCUCAGGUUGGAUGGGACAACAAAGUCAGACGAAAGAGUAGAUUUGUUAGAGGCAUUUAAUGAUCCUGAUUCUGAAUACUUUGCUUUUCUUCUUAGCACAAGGGCUGGAGGUUUAGGACUUAACCUUCAAAGUGCCGACACUGUCAUUAUUUUUGAUUCUGAUUGGAAUCCUAUGAUGGAUAUGCAGGCUCAAGAUAGAGCACACCGUAUUGGUCAAACUAGAGAAGUUAAAGUAUUUCGACUGGUUUGUAGUGGAACUGUGGAGGAGAAGAUUUUAGAGCAGGCUCAGAAGAAAUUGAACAUGGAUGCGCAAGUCAUUCAAGCUGGUCAAUUUAAUAAUCGAGCUUCAGACUUGGACCGACGACGUAUGUUGGAAGAAAUUCUAAGACGUCAGCAAGAUGAUUCUUCGCGUGACCAAGCUCAAGACGAUGAAGACACCAAUAGGAUGCUUGCUCGAAGUGAUGAAGAGUUUGAAUUAUUUUGUCGCAUUGAUAAGGAACGCAACAAGUCCCAUCCAAUUGAACUACUAGAAGAUGAAAGCGAACUUCCUCAGUGGAUAUUGAAUCCUAGAGAAGAUGACAAUAAUGUUGGUUAUACGGAAGCGAAAUUAGAUGGACGCAUUGGAAGAUGGAGAAGAGCCCGAGAGGAAGUAAUGUAUAGUGACAAUUUGACGGAACGUGAGUGGGAUCGCAUUGUGGAAGAAGGUGGUGAUAUAGACGAAGCUCUACGGAAGAAGAAGGUUGAAUUGGAAAAGCGUCGCAAGUUGGGCAAGCGUGGACGUGUUUCAUGGCGAGACAAAGAAGAAGAUGCUUCAAUGGAUGACUUGAGUGAUUCAGAUAGUAAGGCCCAAAAGAAACAUCGUCGUUUAUUAGUCAAGACUGUGGAGGAGGAGGAAGAAGAAGAAGAAGAAGGAGAAACGGAUGACGAUGGAUCGGAUGUUUCAGAGGAACGUGAAGAUAGCGAGUUUCGUUCAGGUACGAAUGGUUACGACAACUCUGAAUAUGAUGAAGCUACAGAUGAUGCUAUAAAUGGUACAGACUCUGAAGUCUAUGGUCGCCAUUCCAGACCUUUGAGCACAUCAGCUUCAGUAGAUGAUACACAAGAAAGUUUCUCUACCAAAGACUGGACUAGUGAUAAUAAUAGUAGUGAGAAUGAAGACGAUAAUGAAAUGUUCAACCGAGUUCCGAAGCGUUUAGAGUUUUGAGUUGUUUUGAUCACGUUGGACAACUUGAGCAGUUACAAUUCAAAAAGGUCCUAACAAACAUGUGAAUGGAAUAAAAGGUCAUUGGCAGAA